AUGCCUUUCGUUGUUGAUGUUUCAGGUAUCCAGUUGAUGCUUUCAUGGGAGCCAAAAUUCAAUCUGUAUUGGUUUGGCAUCACUCUAAUUUACGAUAUAGAGCAGUCUAAUGAACUUGUGAUAGAUUUUAUAAUGCAACAACCAAAGCUUUUUGAUGGCUACAAGUUCUAUUUCAUUGGAGGUUUCAUCCCAUCGUACAAAGGCUAUCUGCAAGACCUUUGCCACGUCAUAUGCAUCCACAAGUACAAGAUAGAGAUUCAGGUUUUCCAUGGGGGAAGCAGUUGUAACUUUGUGUUUUGGAAUAGAGAAUGUGAGCUUCUUCUGGGUUUAUCUACUGCCCAACUACGUCUUACUAUGAUCAAGUUGCUGAAUUUGGAGAUGGCAUUUAAGGUGAAGUGGCAGUCGCGAUGGAACAACUGCUCUAUUGUGAGUAUCCUUAGGGAUGAGCCUUUUAUCAGGCAGCUUAAGGCUCCAUGGGACAUAGACGAGGAUAAGGAAGUUGUUGUUGGCCCCUCCUUAACAUCUGAUCCUCUGCAGGUUAAGGAGAGUGUCGAUGAUGGAAAAACAGGUGUGCCCAAAGAUUGUGUAAAGGAAACAGAUCUCGAGAUUACCUCUAAGCAUAACCCGGAUCCAAUGACACCUAUUGAUAAAAGAGACUUUCCUGGGGGGUCAAGUAAAUCAACAACCUCAGAUGAAUUCUAUGAUGGACAUCUAUCUUCUAACAAGCUUAGGAAGAUAAUCAAGCUGGAGAAGAAUGAUUAG